AUGCGCGCGGCCGCGCUGGGGCUGGCGCUCCGGGCGCUCUGGGCUCUGGCCCUCUCCUCCCUCUCCAACACGCUGGCGGUGAACAACAGCGGGCGGUGGUGGGGCAUCAUCAACGUGGCCUCGUCCACCAACCUGCUGACGGACUCCAAGAACGUGCAGCUGGUGCUGGACCCCAGCCUGCAGCUGCUGAGCCGCAAGCAGCGCAAGCUGAUCCGGCAGAACCCCGGCAUCCUGCACAGCGUCAGCUCCGGCCUCCAGACAGCCAUCAAGGAGUGCAAGUGGCAGUUCCGCAACCGCCGCUGGAACUGUCCCACCUCGCAGGGCCCCAACAUCUUCGGCAAAAUCGUCAACCGGGGCUGCCGGGAGACGGCGUUCAUCUUUGCCAUCACCAGCGCCGGCGUGACGCACUCGGUGGCCCGGUCGUGCUCCGAGGGGUCCAUCGAGUCCUGCACCUGUGACUACCGGCGCCGUGGCCCCGGGGGGCCCGACUGGCACUGGGGGGGCUGCAGUGACAACAUCGACUUCGGGCGCCUCUUCGGGAGGGAGUUUGUGGACUCCAGUGAGAAGGGCCGAGACCUGCGUUUCCUCAUGAACCUGCACAACAACGAGGCCGGGCGCAUGACGGUCUUCUCGGAGAUGCGCCAGGAGUGCAAGUGCCAUGGCAUGUCGGGCUCCUGCACCGUCCGCACCUGCUGGAUGCGGCUGCCCACCUUCCGCGCCGUGGGCGACGUCCUGAAGGAUCGCUUCGACGGCGCCUCCCGCGUCAUCUACGGCAACAAGGGCAGCAACCGGGCAUCAAGGGUGGAGCUGCACCACCUGGAGCCCGAGAACCCGGCCCACAAGCCGCCCUCGCCCCACGACCUCGUCUACUUCGAGAAGUCCCCCAAUUUCUGCACCUACAGUGGGAAGAUGGGCACGGCGGGCACGGCGGGGAGGUUCUGCAACAGCUCCUCGCCGGGGCUGGACGGGUGCGAGCUGCUGUGCUGCGGGCGCGGGUACCGCACGCGCACCCAGCGCGUCACCGAGCGCUGCAACUGCACCUUCCACUGGUGCUGCCACGUCAGCUGCCUCAACUGCACCAACACCCAGGUGCUGCACGAGUGUCUGUGACCCCCCCCACCCGACCCCCCGGGACCGCCCUGCCCAG